GAUCAAACCAAGUCAGCUAAGAGAUCUCCUCAGUAUAUUGCUAGCUUGGCAGCGACACUCGGAUCCUUGUCAGGCGGUAUGGCAAUGGGCUGGAGCUCAGCUGCCGGUGAAGAUGGCAAAUACUUGGAGUCGUCAUACGGUGUACAAAUCUCCGCGACCGAAUUUUCCUGGAUCACCUCGUUAACGCCGAUCGGUUCAGGAGCGAUAUGCAUUCCCAUUGGGCUCCUCGCUGGUAAGAUCGGAAGGAUCGGUAGAUUUAUUCUUGGCCUUGCCAGCGGCGCUUUCUGCGUAUUAGUGCCGAUGUACAUGGCCGAGAUAGGCGAGAAGGAGAUUCGCGGAUGUCUCGGAUCCUACGAGCAAUUACUUGGCACCGCAGGCGUCCUACUCUCGUACAUCGCUGGGACAUUUGUCGACAUCCGUAAGCUGUCGAUUCUAUCCGCUGUACUCCCACUCAUAUUC